CAACUUAAGCUCAACUUGUUCAACCUCAGUAAAUACCUCUCCCACAUGAUUUGACUCGUAGAUCCUCUUUUGUCCACAGGCAGUUGUCUUAGGAGAAGAGAGAAAAGAGCUCUCAAAUGCUGUGUCAACUCGGGAACCCAGGAGAACAAUGGAACACCACUCUGAGUUAGAAAAUGUGGAUGAAGAUGGAUAUACUCAAUUAGACUUCAGCUCUCAAGGCAUCGCCAGGAGACGUGUGGUCUCAGAGAAAGGAACGUGUGCUGCAUCUCCUUGUUGGUGUCCCAUUGCUGUGACUUUGGGAAUCCUAUGUUUGGUAAUACUGGUGAUAGCUGUGGUCCUGGGUACCAUGGGAGUUCUUUCCAGCUCUUGUCCCUCUAACUGGAUCAUACAUGAGAACAGCUGUUAUCUAUUUAGCACAUCAUUAAGUUCCUGGAAUAUAAGUAAAAGGCAAUGCUCUCUACUGGGUUCUAAUCUCCUGAAGAUAGACAGCUCAGAAGAAUUAGAAUUUAUAGCAAAGCAAGUGUCUUCCCAACCUGAUAAUUCAUUUUGGAUAGGGCUUUCUCGCCAUCAGACUGAAGGAGCAUGGCUCUGGGAGGAUGGCUCAAUAUUCUCUUCUAACUUGUUUCAAAUUAGAAGCACAGUUACCGAGGAAAACUCAUCUCACCGUUGUGUAUGGAUUCACAUAUCAAUCAUAUAUGACCAACUUUGUAGUGUACCCUCAUACAGUAUUUGUGAGAAGAAGCUGUUAAUACAAUGAUGGGGGUAUGGUGUGAAGAAGCAGAGAGAAGUCUAUAAGAUAGUAAGGAGGGCAGAAAACAAAACAGAAAAUGGAGAUAUUUAAGGUCAAAAUAAGUGCUGAAAAUACCAAGAGAGCUCAGCCAACUUGAAUCUUAGCUGAGCAACAGGAUGGAGAGACUAUGAUUUCUGCAGCUCUAUUGGUAGGCCAAUAUUGUAUUCUAGUUAAUAGAGGCCUAGAAAUAGAGUCAGGGCAGCUGAACUUGAAUUUUCACUUUACCACUGAUUUGGUGUUUACCUGGGAUUAGCCACAAAUCCUUGGUGUUUCAAGAUCUUAAUUUUUGGCUCUACCAGAGUCGUAUUUGUCCUUAUAAAGUGCCACUGUACACACGGUGUGUUUCCAUGGUGUGUUCC